AUGACUUUUUCCCUUGAAAAUAAUUUGAGGGAGAUUUACUGUGGCUCCUGCGGCAAAAGAGUGACUGGGGGUGAGCGCGCCCGCUGCAGUGCUCCCGAAGCCUUUUGUCUCUCUCGGGCUCCCGUCCACCCGCCUCUCGCCUGCACCCUUAUUGGCUGCGGUGCGGGCCCGGGGCGGAGGAGGGGGGGGGGACGAGUGGGCGGGGCCUCGUGGCGUCAGCGCAAGAUGGCGGCCUCGGCGGGGCUGUUCUUGCGGUUGCGGAGCGGGCUCUUGCAAGGCGCGCGGGGGCUGUGCGCGAGGCUCGCGACGGCGCCUCCCCGGGCCCCAGACCAGACUGCAGAGAUCGGGAGCCGAGCAGGCACUAAGGUCCAGGUCCAGGGGCCACAGCAGCAGAGGAGCUCGGAGGGUCCCAGCUAUGCCAAAAAAGUCGCACUCUGGCUUGCUGGGCUGCUCGGGGCUGGUGGGACCGUGAGCAUCGUCUAUAUCUUCGGAAACAACUCUGUGGAUGAAAAUGGUGCCAAGAUUCCUGAUGAAUUCGACAAUGAUCCAAUUCUGGUACAGCAGUUGCGCCGGACAUACAAAUAUUUCAAGGAUUACAGACAGAUGAUCAUCGAGCCCACCAGCCCCUGCCUUCUCCCAGACCCCCUGCGGGAGCCGUACUACCAGCCGCCGUACACACUGGUCCUGGAGCUCACGGGCGUCCUCUUGCACCCUGAGUGGUCGCUGGCCACUGGCUGGAGGUUUAAGAAGCGUCCAGGCAUCGAGACCUUAUUUCAGCAGCUCGCCCCUUUAUACGAAAUCGUCAUCUUUACGUCGGAGACUGGCAUGACUGCGUUUCCCCUCAUCGACAGCGUGGACCCCCACGGCUUCAUCUCCUACCGCCUGUUCCGGGAUGCCACGAGAUACAUGGAUGGACACCACGUUAAGGACAUUUCAUGUCUGAAUCGGGACCCAGCCCGGGUGGUAGUCGUGGACUGCAAGAAAGAAGCCUUCCGCCUACAGCCCUACAACGGCGUCGCCCUGCGGCCCUGGGAUGGCAACUCCGACGACCGAGUCUUAUUGGACCUGUCUGCCUUCCUCAAGACCAUUGCUUUGAACGGUGUGGAGGAUGUCCGAACCGUGCUGGAGCACUACGCCCUGGAGGAGGACCCUCUGGAGGCUUUCAAACAGCGGCAGAGCCGGCUAGAGCAGGAGGAACAGCAGCGCCUGGCUGAGCUCUCCAAGUCUAGCAAGCAGAACCUCUUCUUUGGCUCCCUCACCAGCCGCUUGUGGCCUCGCUCCAAACAGCCCUGACCUUUGGGCCUCCUCAAACUCAGUGCCUGGGCUCUGGGCCCCAGGCCCAGGGCUCCCAGAUCACAGCUUGGGCAACUACAUGGCCAAUAAAGUUCCUCCCAGACGCCACAGUCCUGUGUCCGGAUGGUCUCCAGAUGGGGGCGUCAGGGUGAAGUGUGGGACUCUUGGGUCAUCAUCCCACAGUGGCCGAUCAGCUGCCGAGCACAGAGUGGGCGUGCUGGUGGAGCCGGGUUGGUUUGUAACCCAGGCCUGGGAAUCCAAGAAGCUGGGUAGGGCCCUGCCCUGGCCGUGUCUUGCCGUGUGCCCUGUGAUCUGCAGACGCUCGUCUCUCUCUGGCACCAUGUUCCUUGUGGAAAAAAGAAGAGGACGGCACUGGGGGUUUGAAGACAGGCAGCUGCCUGGCCGCUGCUGUGUGAGAUGUGGGCUCCAGUGGACCAGCGAUCGCCCCAUUUCAAGAGGGCAGCUGCCGCUCCGCUCUGCCAGCUGUGGCCCUGUGGGCAGGUGGGCCUGGAGUUGCUUGAUUUUCUGGUCAAGGAGAGUUUUAUAUUAAACUUUAAAAUGUUGGCUUAUAACUAAAA